GGGGCAGCUCCACGCCGGCUCCCGGGGGCCGCUUCCUGGUUACGGCGGGCGGAAGUGAGGCUGUCUCCAGGAAGUGACGCAGGGCCCCGGCGAUGGCGGAAGCGGAGGCCAAGAUGAAGCAGUUCGGCGGCGGCGGGGCCGGGCCGGACGCGGAGCGCGGCCGCUUCCCGUACUGCGUGGUGUGGACCCCGAUCCCCGUCCUGACGUGGCUGUUCCCCAUCAUCGGGCACAUGGGCAUCUGCACCUCCAGCGGCGUCAUCCGCGACUUCGCGGGGCCCUACUUCGUCUCGGAAGACAACAUGGCCUUUGGGAAGCCAGUGAAGUACUGGAAGCUGGACCCCAGCAAAGUUUACUGCCCUGGAGCCAACGCCUGGGACACUGCAGUGCACGACGCCUCCGAGGAGUACAAGCACCGCAUGCACAACCUUUGCUGUGACAACUGCCACUCCCACGUGGCUCUGGCCUUAAACCUGAUGAGAUAUGACAACAGCACCUCCUGGAACAUGGUGAAGCUCUGCUUCUGCUCACUGCUCUAUGGGAAGUACGUGAGCCUCGGGGGCUUUGUGAAGACCUGGCUGCCCUUUGUGCUCUUCCUGGGGGUGAUCCUCACCGUGGUCCUGACGCUGCACCUGCGGUGAUGGAGGCUCCGAGCUCCUCACUCCCCGGGAGCCUGGGACUGGUCCAGCCAGCUGGAGACAGAGACUGCCAGACGCUGCCAGAGGAAGGUGGCAACUCCACUCCAUUGCAGCAGCUCAUCCUUGUUUCCUGGCAGUGACUUCUUUUCCUUCUGUUCUGUCCUGUCGGUGGUGUCUCCCUCUGUCAGGGGUAUUGAAGCCUCCUGCCCAUGGGCACUUUCCCACCCUGCAGGCUGGGGGCAGGAGAGCAGAGAGCCUUGGCUGGCAGUGCUGAGGGAGCAGCCACGAGCAAGCCCUGCUCCCGCUCCAGGAGCCUGAGCAGCGGCCGCUGGGGAGGUUCUCUGCUGUCUGCCCUCUCCCGGCAGGCUCCAGCAGAUGCUGCCUCAGGUCUCCGAGCAGGAGUUGUUGUUUCUCUGCCACACGUUUCAAAGUGGAGCUGUGAGCUGCCUCCUGAGGGUGCAGGGUGCCACAGCAGCUGCUGAUGGCCGCCCUGGCAGUGACAGGAAGGUGUUGGUGGCAGGACCCUUGCUGGGGAGCUGUGCCAGGAGCACUCUGCCAUGGGGCACAGCCACCCAUGCCUGCCGCUGAGCCCAGGCAGGAAGGUCCUCAGCUGCUGGGGGCCUGGCUGGGGCAGGCUGCACCUCUCAGGAGCCUGUGGUGGAGCUGGGAGUCUGCUGCUCAGUCCCUUUGAGCUUGUGCCAGAGCAGAUGCAGCUUCCAGGCUUCUGCUCCGAGGCUCUGGCACUGUGGCUGGGCUGCUCAGGAGCCUCCUGCUGCCCUCUGCUCUGCACUGCACUUCUGGCGUGGGGCUGGCAGCAGCUGCCUGCUGCUGGGGUAGGAGGCUUCCUGUGGGACUUUGACAGCAUCCCUGAGGGCAGCACCUGGGACCUGAGCUAAGUGUGGUCAUCAGAGGUUACCAGAAGGGUGAAGGAGCUGCGGGGUGCCUGUGCCAGCUGCGGGGUGCCUGUGCCAGCUGGGCUCUAGCAGCAGCAGGCUGGGGCAGCUGCUUGUCUUUGCAGCUGCUUGCAGGAGGCUGCUCAUGGCCUUGAGGUGCUGGGAAGAGCUCUGCAGGACUGGCUUUGGUGCCCGGAGGGCUGGGCUGGGAGCACUGCUCGGGUUAGGGCAGGGUGGGCACUGGGGGUGGUCGUUCCUGAGUGCCAGGCAGGAAGUGACUGGGCAGGUCCCAGAGGCCUAGGCCUGUGCCUGCUGAGGCUGUGGCCUGUGGCUUGCUGCCUUCUGGGGUUCAGUGGCUUGCACAGAGCUGUGGCUGCAGGGCUGGGGGCAGUGGGCAGAGCCUCUCUGGCAACUUCCCCACUGCCACCGUGGGCCCCCAGCUCUUGGCUCUGCUGCCUGCUGGGUUUCAGCCUGGGGCAGUGCCUGUGGCCAGCACAAAAGCUCUUCCCCACUGCCUGCUGUGCCAGUGGCUUCCUGUGACUGGGAGGCCCAUCCAGUGCCGCCCUCAGAGCUGCCAUCUGCCUCCUCAUCCUCUCCCAUAUCCCAGACUCCUUUAGCAAUAAGGGGUUGGAGACUCCUCCUGAGCCCUUUCAAUUCUGCCUCUCCUUGGUCCCCUCUCAGCAGCCCCUCCCUAGCAUCCAGCUGACUCCUCCUGGGGCAAGUGGAGGAGUGCAGCCCUCAGCAGCCUUCCCUGUCUGCUGGUGCCAAAACACUCAUCAGGGUCUGCCCUGUGCUGCCUCUUCAAGCCUGUGUGGAGGGCAGGCUGGAGGCUGCUGGGGCUGGAGCUGCUUAGGAAGCCAGGCUGGGCUCAGAGAGAAGCUGCUGCUGGCAGGUUGGUGUCUCAGUGAGCUGCUGUCCUCCCCCAGCCAGCCCGGGGCUGCCGUGCCCCAGCUGAACAGCAGGGCUUGGCCCUUCUGCCUCUGCUGCUGCUUUCAGCUGGUUCUCAGAGUGAGCUGCAAGGAUGUGCUGGGAGGCCCUGGCCUGGGGCUGCAGCCAGCCUCUCUCAGGCACCACUCUGCAGACUUCUGGGGCUGUCUCCUCUGCUCAGUGCAACCGUGCCAAAACAGAGACUUGAAGCUGCUGGGGAAGGCUGGGACAGGGGAGGGCUGAGAGCAGGGCUGCUGGGCACAAUACCUCCUCCUGAGGACGUGCUGAGUGCCACUCCCCACCGUGGGGACCCCUCUGAAGUGCUCCUCACGCUUCUUACCCGAUCUGAGCUUCAAAUUCAGACUCGAGCAGCAGGAGGGGCUGGUGGUAAGCUGCAGUACUGUCUACUGGGGCCGGAAUGUGGUGCUGAGCCUGCCAGCUGCCACCCACGGGGGCACAGGAGGGCUCAGAGUGUCCACAGGAGACAGCCAGCAGGAGAGCAGGGCCUGGAGCUGCGCUGCAGAGCUGCCCUAGCCCACAGCAUGGCCCUGCGGGGGCUGGGGCCGCUGGGCUGGAGGCACUUUUGGUCUUCCUGCUGUCCUGCAGCCUCAGCCCAGCCGCGGGGAGCGCAGAGAGCCCCCAGCAGCGCUGGGUUCUGCGGGGAGCUGCCUGCUGCUGUGGGAGGCAGCAGAGGGGCGGGGGGGAGGAAUGUCCUCUCCUCGCAGCUUCCUUUCACCGCCACGUUCUUCCCGGUGCCCACUUCUCUUUGCCAUGUUAACGUUCUCUCCUCCAGCCCCUUGAGGUGCCAGCUCUGGGCUCCCCGCGGAGCGCCGUGGCCGUGGGGGGGUCGAGCCCUGUCUCCCCUCUCCCUUUGUUCUGCGUCUCCGCGGGGCGCUGGACUGCUCUGUAAAUAUUUAACCUCUGCUUCUGUGGUUCCAUCAUCCCGACGGGAGGGGAAAUAAACUCACUGCUGUGGA